GACGUCAAACCCGGAAGUCGAUUACCGUCGUCCCUUUCGCGCUCUGGAGAGAAACAAAAAUGGCAGCUCCAUGGCUCGACGGCGCGGUUUCCUUGCUUAUUCUAAUUAUUUUGUCCACCUUUAUCGUCGCGCGCAGUCAAGACUCGACUUCGACGCACGGUCGACACACGAGCGAGGUGGAAACGCAAGAAACGGCCGAGGGAGGGGCAUGGGAAGAGACCGACGUCGAGGAAGAGGCUGCUGCCGACAACCGAGAGCCUUCUGCCCCUGUCAGUGGGAUCCCCGGAGCCGGACACCCACGGAAGGAUGACUUUCAAGAAGAGCUGGUUCUCAGACCUCUGCAGUCGGGGGAUAUUUACGCCAGCUUCCAGUUCCGUACGCUAUGGGGAACAGACUUCAUGAAGGGAAACAAAGUGUCCCACUACCGGCUUUUCCCUAAAUCUCUGGGCCAGGUUAUCUCCAAAUUCUCAGUGCGUGAGCUCCACAUCUCCUUCACACAAGGCUACUGGAGGACCAUGCAGUGGGGGCAGCCUUAUGUGCCAUCUCCCCCUGGAGCCGAGCUCUGGGUCUGGUUCCAGGACUCUGUGACAGAUGUGGAUGGCACGUGGACUGAACUGACAAAUGUUUUGUCAGGGAUCUUUUGCGCUUCGUUGAACUUCAUUGACUCCACCAACAGUGUUCAGCCCAGCGCCUCCUUUAAACCGCUUGGGAUAGGCAACGUGACCGACCACCAUUUUCUUCGCUACGCCACCCUUCCACGGGAGAUUGUUUGCACCGAAAAUUUGACACCCUGGAAGAAACUUCUGCCAUGUGGCUCAAAGGCCGGGCUUGCUGUCCUGUUGACGUCUCAGAAACUCUUCCACAGCAGUUUUCAUUCUGAGGCAGUGCACAUCCGGCCGGUGUGUCAGGACACGCAGUGCACAGCUACGUCGUGGGAGCUGAGACAGACCCUGAAUGUUGUAUUUGACCUCCACACCUCUGGACAGGGCAAACAAGAAUGGUCUCUCUUUAAGAUGUUCGCCCGCACCCUCACAGAAGCUUGUCCUCUGGCUUCUUCCAGUAAAAUUUACGUUGACGUGUCCGACACCGCUGAGGGAGAGCAGUUUGAGCUGACUCCAGCUACUCCUCUGCUCAGCCAGGAGGUGGUGUUGGGGGAUAGACGCACCUUCUCUGUCUAUGACCUGACACAAGAAAGCACAUUUGGCUCAGCACGCUCCCUCAACUUGCUUAUUCGCUGGAUAUCUAGUGAGGGUCAAAUGCUGCGUCCCCUGCUCCAUGCAGAGCGUUAUGUGGCAGGUUAUGGACUGCAGACGGGAGAGAUCCACACGCUAAUAUACAACAACCACCCAUACAGGUCAUUCCCUGUGCUGCUGCUGGACUCGGUUCCCUGGUACCUUCGUCUUUACAUCCACACCCUCACCGUUACCAGCAAGGGCAAGACUAACAGUCCCAGUUAUACCCACUACGAGCCAUCCAAGGACCGAGUGAGACCUCAUCUGCUGGAGAUGCUGGUCCAGCUUCCUCCCAACUCUGUCACUGAAGUCACUGUGCAGUUUGAGAGAGCUCUGCUCAAGUGGACUGAGUACACCCCUGAUGCCAAUCAUGGCUUCUAUGUCGGGUCAUCAGUCAUCAGUUCUCUUGUUCCAGGCAUUGUUGCCACAGAUCAGAAUGCCACUCAACAGCGCUCCCUUUUCAGUAGUUUUUUCCCCAGCAAAGAAGAGUUGGGCUACUUUGUACGCAUCUACACAGAACCUCUGCUGGUCAACUUGCCUACUCCUGACUUCAGCAUGCCUUACAACGUCAUCUGCCUGACCUGCACAGUAGUGGCAGUGGGCUAUGGAUCCAUCUACAACCUUCUCACACGUACCUUUCAGAUAGAAGAGCCCAGGCCAGGACUGGCUAAACGGAUUGCCAAUGUCAUUCGUAAGAUGAGGGGAGUGCCGCCGCUUUGAGGUGUGAGACGUCUCUACUGUUCCUUCAGUCACAUCCACUGGUGAAUAUGCCACAUUCAGGGAAGAACUGUGUCCAAGUUUAUAUAUAUAUAUGUUUGGAUCAUGCAGGAUUGAUAAAUCAAUGGCAUGCAAAUGCAGAUUUAAAUUUGGAUGGAAGACGCUCUGCAAGUGUUGAAUCAUGAAGUCUGUGAGCAAAUUGUCUUUGAGUCUUAUAGACCAGAGAAAGGACACGUGAGUGUUUACAAACAUGGCACUAGUUUUUUUGUCUCAUCAGCGUAUAUUUAUUGGUAGUUAUGAACAUACUCCAGAUGAUCAAAUGUUCUGUUUGCACUUUUUGUGAAUGCAUUUGUACUAAGGCCUUAAUUAUUAAUGACAGCAGGAAUCUCGCGUUUGUCAAAGUCUCCCAUUUGUUUUCACUGGGAAUGAAGGCGACGGAAUGAAUUCAUGGUACGGGAAGACCAAAAGAGGGUGCUAGACUCCCUGAAGCCUGUCAGGCUAAAGAAAUGUUAUAGUGGUAUUUAUACACAAUUUAGACUUGCAUUUCAUGAGGUACACCUGCAGAAUUGUAAUUAUUGCAUUAAGAAUUUAAUACCUCCAUGGAAGUGUCAAUCAAAGAGCAGCAUUACGUUUUUUGUAAAGGCAGCAAUGCUGACACAAUACUAGGUUUGGAUCAUGCAGGUGUAACUAAUGAAGUGGUUGGUGAACUGUUAAGGUCAGCAAACAUGAUUUUAUUUGCACAUUUUUUUCCACCCCUUUUUAACUUGUAAUCGCGUGUAAUGUUUAUACUACUUUAUCUUAUUACUGAAUUGGAUCCAAGCAUGCAGUGCAUCUGUAUGGGUGUUUGUUAAUGUUUGACUGGUUCUAUUUUUCCUCACCCGUAUGUUGAGUGCAGUGUCAAGAUUGAUUCCAUAUCUGAAGUAAACAAAGGGAGGUGUGUUAGAACUGUAACCACACAAAUUAGUUGCCUCUUUAUCCUGUACUAAAACAUUACUGUAUGACUAGCAUUUCUGCCCACUUUAUAUGCAAAUUGGUUUUAUAAUAAACAAAAUACCUUGUUCUAAUAA